AUGGACGUGGACGUGGACGUGGACAUGGACAUGGACGUGGACGUGGACGUGGACGUGGACGUGGACAUGGACGUGGACGUGGACGUGGACAUGGACGUGGACAUGGACGUGGACGUGGACGUGGACAUGGACGUGGACGUGGACGUGGACGUGGACAUGGACAUGGACGUGGACAUGGACGUGGACGUGGACAUGGACGUGGACGUGGACGUGGACGUGGACGUGGACCUGGACGUGGACCUGGACGUGGACGUGGACAUGGACAUGGACGUGGACGUGGACGUGGACGUGGACGUGGACGUGGACGUGGACGUGGACGUGGACGUGGACGUGGACGUGGACGUGGACGUGGACGUGGACGUGGACGUGGACGUGGACGUGGACGUGGACAUGGACGUGGACGUGGACGUGGACGUGGACGUGGACGUGGACGUGGACGUGGACGUGGACGUGGACGUGGACGUGGACGUGGACAUGGACGUGGACGUGGACGUGGACGUGGACGUGGACAUGGACAUGGACUUGGACGUGGACGUGGACGUGGACAUGGACGUGGACAUGGACGUGGACGUGGACGUGGACUUGGACCUGGACGUGGACGUGGACGUGGACGUGGACGUGGACGUGGACAUGGACGUGGACGUGGACGUGGACAUGGACGUGGACGUGGACGUGGACAUGGACGUGGACGUGGACGUGGACAUGGACGUGGACGUGGACGUGGACAUGGACGUGGACAUGGACGUGGACGUGGACGUGGACGUGGACGUGGACGUGGACAUGGACGUGGACGUGGACGUGGACGUGGACGUGGACAUGGACGUGGACGUGGACGUGGACGUGGACGUGGACAUGGACGUGGACAUGGACGUGGACGUGGACGUGGACAUGGACGUGGACAUGGACGUGGACGUGGACGUGGACAUGGACGUGGUUGUGGACGUGGACGUGGACAUGGACGUGGACGUGGACGUGGACGUGGACGUGGACGUGGACAUGGACAUGGACGUGGACGUGGACGUGGACGUGGACGUGGACAUGGACGUGGACGUGGACGUGGACGUGGACGUGGACAUGGACGUUGACGUGGACGUGGACGUGGACGUGGACGUGGACAUGGACGUGGACGUGGACGUGGACGUGGACGUGGACGUGGACGUGGACGUGGACGUGGACGUGGACGUGGACGUGGACGUGGACGUGGACGUGGACAUGGACGUGGACGUGGACGUGGACGUGGACGUGGACGUGGACGUGGACAUGGACGUGGACAUGGACGUGGACGUGGACGUGGACAUGGACGUGGACGUGGACGUGGACGUGGACGUGGACGUGGACGUGGACGUGGACAUGGACGUGGACGUGGACGUGGACGUGGACGUGGACGUGGACGUGGACGUGGACGUGGACGUGGACGUGGACGUGGACGUGGACAUGGACGUGGACAUGGACGUGGACGUGGACGUGGACAUGGACGUGGACGUGGACGUGGACGUGGACGUGGACGUGGACGUGGACGUGGACGUGGACGUGGACGUGGACAUGGACGUGGACGUGGACGUGGACGUGGACGUGGACGUGGACGUGGACGUGGACUUGGACGUGGACGUGGACGUGGACGUGGACUUGGACGUGGACAUGGACAUGGACAUGGACGUGGACGUGGACGUGGACGUGGACGUGGACGUGGACGUGGACGUGGACGUGGACAUGGACGUGGACGUGGACGUGGACAUGGACGUGGACGUGGACGUGGACAUGGACGUGGACGUGGACGUGGACAUGGACGUGGACGUGGACGUGGACGUGGACGUGGACGUGGACGUGGACGUGGACGUGGACGUGGACGUGGACGUGGACGUGGACAUGGACGUGGACGUGGACGUGGACAUGGACGUGGACAUGGACGUGGACAUGGACGUGGACGUGGACGUGGACAUGGACGUGGACGUGGACGUGGACAUGGACAUGGACGUGGAUGUGGACGUGGACGUGGACGUGGACCUGGACGUGGACAUGGACGUGGACGUGGACGUGGACAUGGACAUGGACGUGGACGUGGACGUUGACGUGGACGUGGACAUGGACGUGGACGUGGACGUGGACGUGGACAUGGACGUGGACAUGGACGUGGACGUGGACGUGGACAUGGACGUGGACGUGGACGUGGACGUGGACGUGGACAUGGACAUGGACGUGGACAUGGACGUGGACGUGGACAUGGACGUGGACGUGGACGUGGACGUGGACCUGGACGUGGACCUGGACGUGGACGUGGACAUGGACAUGGACGUGGACGGACAUCGGAAUGGACGUGGACACGUGGACGUGGACGUGGACGUGGACGUGUACGUGGACAUGGACGUGGACGUGGACGUGGACGUGUACGUGGACAUGGACAUGGACUUGGACGUGGACGUAGACGUGAACAUAGACGUGGACAUGGACGUGGACGUGGACGUGGACUUGGACCUGGACGUGGACGUGGACGUGGACGUGGACGUGGACGUGGACAUGGACGUGGACGUGGACGUGGACAAGGACGUGGACGUGGACGUGGACAUGGACGUGAACGUGGACGUGGACAUGGACGUGGACGUGGACGUGGACAUGGACGUGGACAUGGACGUGGACGUGGACGUGGACGUGGACGUGGACGUGGACAUGGACGUGGACGUGGACGUGAACGUGGACAUGGACAUGGACGUGGACGUGGACGUGGACGUGGACGUGGACAUGGACGUGGACAUGGACGUGGACGUGGACGUGGACAUGGACGUGGACAUGGACGUGGACGUGGACGUGGACAUGGACGUGGACGUGGACGUGGACGUGGACAUGGACGUGGACGUGGACGUGGACGUGGACGUGGACGUGGACAUGGACAUGGACGUGGACGUGGACGUGGACGUGGACGUGGACAUGGACGUGGACGUGGACGUGGACGUGGACGUGGACAUGGACGUGGACGUGGACGUGGACGUGGACGUGGACGUGGACAUGGACGUGGACGUGGACGUGGACGUGGACGUGGACGUGGACGUGGACGUGGACGUGGACGUGGACGUGGACGUGGACGUGGACGUGGACGUGGACAUGGACGUGGACGUGGACGUGGACGUGGACGUGGACGUGGACGUGGACAUGGACGUGGACAUGGACGUGGACGUGGACGUGGACAUGGACGUGGACGUGGACGUGGACGUGGACGUGGACGUGGACGUGGACGUGGACAUGGACGUGGACGUGGACGUGGACGUGGACGUGGACGUGGACGUGGACGUGGACGUGGACGUGGACGUGGACGUGGACGUGGACGUGGACGUGGACGUGGACGUGGACGUGGACAUGGACGUGGACAUGGACGUGGACGUGGACGUGGACAUGGACGUGGACGUGGACGUGGACGUGGACGUGGACGUGGACGUGGACGUGGACGUGGACGUGGACAUGGACGUGGACGUGGACGUGGACGUGGACGUGGACGUGGACGUGGACGUGGACGUGGACUUGGACGUGGACGUGGACGUGGACGUGGACUUGGACGUGGACAUGGACAUGGACAUGGACGUGGACGUGGACGUGGACGUGGACGUGGACGUGGACGUGGACGUGGACGUGGACAUGGACGUGGACGUGGACGUGGACAUGGACGUGGACGUGGACGUGGACAUGGACGUGAACGUGGACGUGGACAUGGACGUGGACGUGGACGUGGACGUGGACAUGGACAUGGACAUGGACGUGGACGUGGACGUGGACGUGGACUUGGACGUGGACGUGGACCUGGACGUGGACAUGGACAUGGACAUGGACGUGGACAUGGACGUGGACGUGGACGUGGACGUGGACGUGGACGUGGACGUGGACCUGGACCUGGACGUGGACGUGGACGUUUACGUGGACGUGGACAUGGACGUGGACGUGGACGUGGACAUGGACGUGGACAUGGACGUGGACAUGGACGUGGACGUGGACGUGGACAUGGACGUGGACGUGGACGUGGACAUGGACAUGGACGUGGAUGUGGACGUGGACGUGGACGUGGACGUGGACCUGGACGUUGACAUGGACGUGGACGUGGACGUGGACAUGGACAUGGACGUGGACGUGGACGUGGACGUGGACGUGGACAUGGACGUGGACGUGGACGUGGAAGUGGACGUGGACAUGGACGUGGACAUGGACAUGGACGUGGACGUGGACGUGGACGUGGACAUGGACGUGGACGUGGACGUGGACAUGGACGUGGACGUGGACAUGGACGUGGACGUGGACAUGGACGUGGACAUGGACGUGGACGUGGACGUGGACGUGGACGUGGACCUGGACGUGGACGUGGACAUGGACCACGUGGACAUGGACGUGGACGUGGACGUGGACGUGGACGUGGACGUGGACGUGGACGUGGACAUGGACGUGGACGUGGACGUGGACGUGGACGUGGACGUGGACGUGGACGUGGACAUGGACGUGGACGUGGACGUGGACGUGGACCGUGGACGUGGACGUGGACAUGGACUUGGACAUGGACUGGACGUGGACGUGGACAUGGACGUGGACGUGGACGUGGACGUGGACGUGGACGUGUACGUGGACGUGUACGUGGACAUGGACGUGGACGUGGACGUGGACGUGGACGUGGACGUGGACGUGGACGUGGACGUGGACAUGGACAUGGACGUGGACGUGGACGUGGACGUGGACGUGGACGUGGACCUGGACGUUGACAUGGACGUGGACGUGGACGUGGACAUGGACGUGGACGUGGACGUUGACGUGGACGUGGACAUGGACGUGGACGUGGACGUGGACGUGGACGUGGACGUGGACGUGGACGUGGACAUGGACGUGGACAUGGACAUGGACGUGGACGUGGACGUGGACGUGGACAUGGACGUGGACGUGGACGUGGACAUGGACGUGGACGUGGACAUGGACGUGGAUGUGGACAUGGACGUGGACAUGGACGUGGACGUGGACGUGGACGUGGACGUGGACCUGGACGUGGACGUGGACAUGGACGUGGACAUGGACAUGGACGUGGACGUGGACGUGGACGUGGACAUGGACGUGGACGUGGACGUGGACGUGGACGUGGACGUGGACGUGGACGUGGACGUGGACAAGGACAUGGACGUGAACGUGGACGUGGACGUUGACAUGGACGUGGACGUGGACGUGGACAUGGACAUGGACGUGGACGUGGACGUUGACGUGGACGUGGACAUGGACGUGGACGUGGACGUGGACGUGGACGUGGUCGUGGACGUGGACGUGGACGUGGACAUGGACGUCGACGUGGACGUGGACGGGGACAUGGACGUGGACGUGGACGUGGACAUGGACAUGGACGUGGACGUGGACGUGGACGUGGACGUGGACGUGGACAUGGACGUGGACAUGGACGUGGACAUGGACGUGGACGUGGACGUGGACAUGGACGUGGACGUGGACGUGGACGUGGACGUGGACGUGGAUGUGGACGUGGACUUGGACGUGGACGUAGACGUGGACGUGGACGUGGACCUGGACUUGGACGUGGACGUGGACGUGGAUGUGGACAUGGACGUGGUUGGGACAUGGACGUGGACAUGGACGUGGACGUGGACGUGGACGUGGACGUGGACAUGGACAUGGACGUGGACGUGGACGUGGACGUGGACGUGGACGUGGACGUGGACGUGGACGUGGACAUGGACAUGGACGUGGACGUGGACGUGGACGUGGACGUGGACGUGGACAUGGACGUGGACGUGGACGUGGACGUGGACGUGGACGUGGACAUGGACGUGA